AUGUCUUCCGACGAGGCGUCCACAAUAGCCCAGGCUAAACCGACCGGCCCUACCGCCGCCCCCAGCGCCUCCAGCUUGGGCAUGCGGAAAAAUGGCAAGAACUGGCACGCGCCUCGUAAGCCGUUCAGGCCGGGGUCGGGUUUGACUGCGUAUGAGAAGCGCGCCAAGGAACGCGUUACCAUGUCGGCCAUCAAGACCAAGGAGAAGGAGAUGAAGGAAGAGAAGGAAGCCGAGAGACAGGCACGAAUCAAAACGAUCAAAGAUAGGCGAGCGGCCAAGGAGGAGAAGGAGCGAUACGAGAAGAUGGCCGAAAAGAUGCACAAGAAGCGUGUGGAGAGGUUAAAGAGGAGGGAGAAGCGCAACAAGGUGCUCAACUCGUGA